AUGCAUCCCUCGGUCAUCCUUCUUGUCCUUGCCCUUGUCCUCACAAUUUGGCUCUCCGAACACCGGGGAACUGCAACCGUGGUUGAAGACUUCAACCAUGUUGAGAGAUGCAAGGACUCGCUGUAUAUGGGCACCCCACCGCGAGGCUUCAGAGCUGACAGGCUCAAGAAGAUCUGCCAGCGCUAUGCUGACAAACCCAGAUUCGUAACCCUUUACGACCCCCAAAACCGCAUCCCAGUUUACUCUGCGUACUCCUUCAAGAAAACAGAGGGUGAUCGGCGUGUGGACUACCCCUGGAUGUAUGAGCCUCAGCUUGCAGAGCUUGAUGGGAAUGGGAACAUGUUGCCGUUCCCCACCGGAUACUUACACAUGAAGUUUGAGGACAGCCAGGCUGUUUUGGAUGACUACUCCGACGUGGUUCUGUACGAGCGAGGCCAUCUGAAUCCAGACCAGCACCAGUCAGACCCCCAGGACCGAGCGGCUACCUACACGCUCACCAACGUCGUGCCAGAAAUCCGCGAGUUCAACAUCGGUCCGUGGCGCCAACACGAAGAGCGCAUCCGCGUGCGCCUCAACAACUUCUGCCGGGGCACAGCCUUCAUCAUAACUGGGGUUACCACUACCGGAAACAUGAUCCGACGCAACAACCAGGACCGUGUUGCCAUCCCCGAAGAUGUGUGGUCUGCCUACUGCUGCACCGAUUACGACCGGAACGCGCCACACAUCGUGCGCGUCCGCUUCCCGACCCAAGCGGCCCUCGCCAAGAAUGCAAAGGAGGGGAACACAGUCCAAGAGCUCUCAGUGCUGGAUCUGGAGAGUUACCUGACAAACAGAAUGGCUGUAGACAAGAACUUCCAGCUGUUCUAUGAUAACUGCAUCUCACCUUCACCUCUUCCUCCAUACCUUCAUCAUACCAACUGA